GCAUGCUCCCACUGGCUUGCAGCUUCGUCUACGCGCCAAAAAUAUCCAUGCCCUCCUUCAAAUUCUCCAAUCCCAAGUCCUGGAUUCCUCAAACCCUAGAACCGCGUAAUCCCAUCUCCCUUCCCUCCAAUGGGCCACCCAAAAUCUCUCCUUUCUUCUCCGAUCCCCCCAGAACAUCAAAAAAUUUCGACCCAAACCCUCUUUAGUCUCUCCUCAUCCCUCUCUAGAACCCUCCUCUCAAUAAAAAACCCCAAAACCCUAGCCCCCAUCCACUCCCUCCUCCUCACCUCCGGCCUCGCUCGCUCUGCUUUCUUCACCGCCAAGCUCAUCACCAAGUACUCAGAGCUCGGCAACUCCGCCGCCUUUUUCUCGGUAUUUCUCUCAACUCCGACUUCGAAGCACAAUGUCUUCUUGUGGAACACUCUAAUAAGAUCCUGCACGCAGAAUUUCUUGUUCGAGGAAGCUUUAGAUAAGUAUGAUGAAAUGGGGGGGAUGAGAUUGGCCCCGGAUGCAUUCACCUUCCCGCCGGUUCUCAGCGCUUGCGCCGGGUUGGGCGCAAUCGAAUUUGGUCGGAAGGUUCAUCGGGAUGUUCGGGAAAUGGGUUUUGGGCCCGAUUUGUAUAUUUCCAAUUCUUUGAUUAAUAUGUAUACUCGGCUUGGGUCAUUGAUUGAGGCCCGUGAGGUGUUUGAUGGAAUGCCUGUGAGAGAUUUGGUUUCUUGGAAUAGCUUGAUCUCUGGGUAUAGUGCGAAUGGUGAGUGGGAGGAGGCUUUGGAGACUUACCGUGAGUUAAGGGUAGCUGGGGAUGUUCCGGAUUGUUUCACUGUGGAGAGUGUUAUGCCGGCUAUUGGAGGGCUUGGGGAUGUUGUAGAGGGGAAAAUUGUUCAUGGUAUUGCGAAUAAGAUUGGUAUUGAGAAGGAUAAACUGGUGAGCAAUGGUAUAAUUGCAAUGUACUGUAGGUUCGGGAAUUUAGAUGACGCAUAUAGGGUUUUUGACACAAAAGUGGUGAGGGAUUUGGUUUCCUGGAAUAUUAUGAUUGAUGGUUACUUUCAAGUUGGUUCUGUUGAUAGGGCACUUGAGCUCAUUCGAAAGAUGGCAAUAGGUUCAAAACCAGAUCUUGUGUUAAUCACCAUUGUUCUUCGUGUUUGCUAUGAGAGGGAGGAUUUAAGAAUUGGAAGGUCUAUUCAUGGUUUUAUGUUAAGAAAUCAGUAUGAAUGGGAUACUGCUGCAUAUAAUAUGCUAAUACUAAUGUAUUCAAAGUGCGGAAAGUUGGACAUGUCACGUGAAGUCUUUGAUAGGAUGGUAGUUAGAGACUCAGUGUCAUGGAAUUCCCUAAUUAAUGGUUAUGUGAGCAGGAAAAAUUUCAAUGAGGGAGUUCGACUUUUUAAGUCCAUGAAAGAGUCAGGUGAUCAGCUUGAUUCAGUCACAGUUACAGCACUCAUUUCUGUUUGCUCGCAGUUACUAGAUUCAAGUCAAGGGCAGGGACUACAUAGUGAUGCUAUCAAAAGAGGGUUAAAAGCAAAUCUGUUCGUGAGUAAUGCUCUAGUUGGUAUGUACUCAAAAUGUGAUUUAUUAGAAGAUGCACUAAAAGUAUUUGAUGAGAUGGAAGUCCAUGACUCUGUAAGUUGGACAAGCAUCAUUUCGGGAUGUGUUCAGAAUGGGAACUAUAAACAAGGUUUUAAGUUAUUGACUGAAAUGAAGCUUAAAGGAAAUAAAAUGGACGAGGCAACCAUGCUAAGCAUCUUGCCUGCAUGUUCCUUCUUAGCAUCAAAAAGACAAGGUAGAGAGGUUCAUGGGUGCAUUCUGAAAGUUGGUUUAGAGCAUGAUGUACCCAUUGGGAAUGCUUUAAUCGAAAUGUAUUCGAAAUGUGGCAUUUUAAAUUAUGCAGAGAGGGUCUUUGAGACAAUGGACAUCAAGGACGUAGUGACUUGGACUGCUUUAAUAUCAGCCUAUGGUAUGUAUGGCCAAGGUGAAAAGGCCUUGAGAGCUUUCAGAAGCAUGGAGGAAACCGGCAUUAUACCAGAUCAUAUUGUAUUUGUAGCUCUAAUGUAUGCAUGUAGCCACGGUGGUUUACUCGAAGAAGGGAAAUUAUACUUUAAGAGGAUGGAAGAAGACUAUAAGAUAGUUCCAAGAAUUGAACACUAUGCUUGCAUGGUUGAUCUUCUUUCUAGACAUGGACAGUUAGUUGAAGCUGAAAAUUUCAUUUUGUCAAUGCCAAUAGAAGCAGAUGCAAGUAUAUGGGGAGCUCUGCUAAGUUCUUGUCGAGUUUCUGGUGAAACCCAGAUGGCUGAGCGAAUUGCUGAGAAAAUUAUGACACUGAAUUGGGAAAAUCCCGGCUAUUAUGUUUUGGUAUCAAAUGUGUAUGCAUCUAUGGGGAAAUGGAAUAUGGUUGGUAACGUGAGAAAAGUUAUUAAAGACAAGAAAUUGAAGAAGGAUCCAGGAUAUAGCUGGAUAGAAAUUAGAAACAAAGUCUAUGUUUUUGGGACCGGGGAUCAAUUAGUGGAGCAGAGUUCUGAAAUGCAUCAGUUAUUAGAAAAACUUGACAAUUUAAUGGCUAAGGAAGGAUAUAUACUAAACAAGAAAUUUGUACUGCAGGAUGUAGAGGAGGAUGAUAAAAGAUAUAUGCUUUGUACACAUAGUGAGAGGUUGGCAAUAGCUUUUGGGUUACUAAAUACAAAGCCAGGCACACCACUGCAGAUAAUGAAGAAUCUUCGUGUCUGUGGGGAUUGUCACACAGCAACGAAAUAUAUUUCAAAGAUUGUUCAAAGGGAACUGUUGGUUAGAGAUGCCAACCGCUUUCAUCUGUUCAAGGAUGGAUCCUGCAGCUGUGGAGAUUACUGGUGACAUUUCAAAUUUAAUGAGGCAGAAAAUGUAAAGGGAAGCAAGAAGAACAACGGACAAAGGUGCAGCUAACUGAAGCCUGCGAUAUCUGUGGGAGAAUUCAAUCGUCUUAUCACGAGGUGGAUGAUUCUGCUUGAUCACUGGAACCUGGAG